GCAUAUAUUCAGACGUCUCCUUGCUUCAGCUCCGCUAGUCUAGUCCGUUAGUUUAUUUGUUAUUAAUACGGAGAGAUCUGUCUUUUCGGAGAGACCAAUUCCUUAUUUACUGAACUUUCCCAUCUGUCUUCGUCUGGAUGACAUUCCAACAAGAAACCAUGGAGCACGUCAACAACUACCUCGAUAAACUCACCGAUUUCCGUGCUGCAGACAUGUCGCAAUCACAAACCGCGUUGGUGUUUGGAUUGGGUCUUGUCGGCGGUGUAUGGCUUCUCACUCAGCUUCUGACCUUUGUCAGGGUGCUGUUGAGUUUGUUUGUUAUUCCGGGGAGAUCUCUUCGCAGUUUCGGUCCCAAAGGUAGCUGGGCGCUCAUCACCGGUGCCUCGGACGGCCUAGGCAAAGAAUUCGCUCUUCAAAUCGCUCGCGCCGGAUUCAAUGUCCUUCUCGUAUCGCGUACCGAAUCGAAACUUGUCUCUCUCGCCGAUGAAAUCAAGUCCAAGAACCCGAGUACCCAGACGAAAAUACUAGCCAUGGAUUUCGCCGCCAACAAGGACUCAGACUACGAACAACUCAAAUCCCUGGUUGAUAAUCUCGACAUCGCGAUUCUCGUCAACAACGUCGGCAAAAGCCACAGUAUCCCCGUCCCCUUCAGCGAAACCCCCGACGACGAAAUGAAAGACAUCAUCACCAUCAACUGCACGGGCACCCUCCGCGUCACCAAACUCGUCACACCAGGCAUGAUCCAACGCAAGCGCGGUCUAAUUCUGACCAUGGGCUCAUUCGGUGGUUUACUCCCCACGCCUCUCCUAGCCACAUACUCUGGCAGCAAAGCAUUCCUCCAAUACUGGUCCAGCGCUCUUGGCUCCGAACUCGAACCUUACGGAAUCACGGUGCAACUCCUCCAAGCCCAUUUGAUUACAUCCGCAAUGUCCAAGAUUCGUCGUCCAAGUCUGACCGUUCCUACACCUAAAGCAUGGGUGAAGACGGCAUUGAACAAGAUUGGGCGUCGGGGGGGUUCGCCGCAUUUUUAUUAUACUUCUUCGCCCUAUUUUAGUCAUGGGCUCAUGGCGUGGUUUAUUACCUGUGUCGUUGGGGUGUGGAGUAAUUGGUUGAAGAAUUAUAAUCUUAAUAUGCAUGUGGGUAUUCGGAAGAGGGCGUUGAGGAAGUUGGAGAGGUCGAAGACGAAGUAAUUGUCUAUCUCGGGUUGUAGAGAGGUGGGUUAUUCCCGAGCUGUAUGGUUGUGGUUGUCUAAGUUCGACUUGUAUUCUUAGUACUGUAUGAUAUUAUUAAUGUGUGUCCGGGAUGAUAUCCUGAGCAUUGAAUGAUGGGGUCAUUUUUAACA